CUGCCAACAGAACAGGUGUGAUCCGAACCAUUCCAUUUCAAACUUUCUUGGCACUUCCUCAAACUGCCACUGCCCCCGAAUCAACUGAAUAUUUAGCUUUGUACCGACAUGGCCCUCGUACACGCAACCAAACACGGCAAAAUCGAAGACGUCCGAGCUUGCUUGAACCAAGGCAUGCCAGUCGAUGGAUCAGGGGACGAUUGGUCGCCCUUGAUGUGGGCAGCGUUUUACGGCCAUCAAGAUGUCGCCCAAGUUCUACUAGACAACGGCGCCAAUAUCGACUUCGUAUUCUACCAAGAUAACAAGAAUGCCAUUGACUGCGCUUCGGAAAAUGACCAAACAGCUUUUCUAGAGUUCCUUAAAAAAAUCCCAUCGAAGGGGAAACCAACGCUAACGCCCCACAAAAGCACAAUGUCUGCCAUCAACGCAGACGUGCUCGUCCACGGGUGCAAAUACGGCAAGGUGGACGAUGUCCGCGUGUGUCUGGAGGAAGGCAUCGAGGCAGACGGCCAGGGGAACGAGUGGACUCCGUUCAUGUGGGCUGCGUACUACGGCCACAUCGACGUGGCGAAAGUUCUGGUGGAAUUCGGAGCCGACCCCGACCACGUGUGCUACUACGACGGCAAGGAUGCCACGGACGCCGCCAAGGAAAACAACCAGAAUGAGUUCCUCGAGUACCUGAAGACGUUGCCGCUCAAGGGGAAGCCUGCGCCUCCGUCGCACAAGAGCACCAUGUCUGCCAUCAACGCAGACGUGCUCGUCCACGGGUGCAAAUACGGCAAGGUGGACGAUGUCCGCGUGUGUCUGGAGGAAGGCAUCGAGGCAGACGGCCAGGGGAACGAGUGGACUCCGUUCAUGUGGGCUGCGUACUACGGCCACAUCGACGUGGCGAAAGUUCUGGUGGAAUUCGGAGCCGACCCCGACCACGUGUGCUACUACGACGGCAAGGAUGCCACGGACGCCGCCAAGGAAAACAACCAGAAUGAGUUCCUCGAGUACCUGAAGACGUUGCCGCUCAAGGGGAAGCCUGCGCCUCCGUCGCACAAGAGCACCAUGUCUGCCAUCAACGCAGACGUGCUCGUCCACGGGUGCAAAUACGGCAAGGUGGACGAUGUCCGCGUGUGUCUGGAGGAAGGCAUCGAGGCAGACGGCCAGGGGAACGAGUGGACUCCGUUCAUGUGGGCUGCGUACUACGGCCACAUCGACGUGGCGAAAGUUCUGGUGGAAUUCGGAGCCGACCCCGACCACGUGUGCUACUACGACGGCAAGGAUGCCACGGACGCCGCCAAGGAAAACAACCAGAAUGAGUUCCUCGAUUACCUGAAGACGUUGCCGCUCAAGGGCAAGCCUGCGCCUCCGCCGCACAAGAGCACCAUGUCUGCCAUCUACGCGGACGUGCUCAUUCACGGGUGCAAAUACGGGAAGGUGGACGAUGUCCGCAUGUGUCUGAAGAAAGGCAUCGAGGCAGACGGCCAGGGCAACGAGUGGACUCCGUUCAUGUGGGCUGCGUACUACGGCCACAUCGACGUGGCCAAACUUCUGGUGGAAUUCGGAGCCGACCCCGACCACGUGUUCCACCACGAUGGCAAGGAUGCCACGGACGUCGCCAAGCAAAACAACCAGAAUGAGUUCCUCGAGUACCUGAAGACGUUAAAAGCUAAGCCUGCGCCUCCGUCACACAAGACCACCAUAUCUGCCAUCAACGCAGACGUGCUCAUUCACGGGUGCAAAUACGGCAAGGUGGACGAUGUCCGCGUGUGUCUGGAGGAAGGCAUCGAGGCAGACGGCCAGGGGAACGAGUGGACUCCGUUCAUGUGGGCUGCGUACUACGGCCACAUCGACGUGGCCAAACUUCUGGUGGAAUUCGGAGCCGACCCCGACCACGUGUUCCACCACGAUGGCAAGGAUGCCACGGACGUCGCCAAGCAAAACAACCAGAAUGAGUUCCUCGAGUACCUGAAGACGUUAAAAGCUAAGCCUGCGCCUCCGUCACACAAGACCACCAUAUCUGCCAUCAACGCAGACGUGCUCAUUCACGGGUGCAAAUACGGCAAGGUGGACGAUGUCCGCGUGUGUCUGGAGGAAGGCAUCGAGGCAGACGGCCAGGGGAACGAGUGGACUCCGUUCAUGUGGGCUGCGUACUACGGCCACAUCGACGUGGCGAAAGUUCUGGUGGAAUUCGGAGCCGACCCCGACCACGUGUUCCACCACGACGGCAAGGAUGCCACGGACGCCGCCAAGGAAAACAACCAGAAUGAGUUCCUCGAGUACCUGAAGACGUUGCCGCUCAAGGGGAAACCUGCCCUUGUGACGUUGAAUGGACAAGAGAAUUCUUCAUAUUUGGGCGAAGCUACUGUUUGCAGGGUUGGUACCAGUGGCGGUGCUAUGGAUACUGCGUCGAGCAUUCUGCCAUCAAGAGUGGCAUCUUCGACAUCUCAAGAAAAGGAUACAAGUGGGUCACAUGAUGUGUCAACGGCACAAACCCAACCCAAGGGAACGAAGGCGCCCAAGGCGUGUUGUGUGAUUCAGUAA